CAUGUGCGACGCUGAUUCGUGGGCAAUCUCGACGUGUUGUUCGGCAUUAGGCAUUCAAAACAGAUGAAUACUCACGCCAACGACCUCGAGCGGGAGCUUUCCUUGCAAGAACUCGAACCGUCGCCCAUCGAAGACGAGUUUCCUCAAGACGUCAAGGACUCGUACUUUCCCGCAACCGGAGAGGAGUCACCCCUCGAAGAUGAAGUAAUCAAGCCCGCCCAGCGCACCUCUACCCUAGGUCUGGAUGCGCAUUCGCCCGUCUGGUACCUCACUCGUAUCCACAAGUACUCGAGUUACGCCUUCUCCGUCUUUACUGCCUUCCAUGUCGCAAACACGGCCCUCAUCCCGCUUGCCACUCGCUCAGUCGCAAAUUCCGAGCGCUACCUGUUGCUUACUCGCCCAUACUACCAAUCGCCCAUCGCCGAGCCCUUCAUUGUCGUCCUGCCUUUACUUGCCCACAUUGGCAGCGGUGUCGCCCUCCGUCUCUAUCGUCGCAAGCAGAACCUCAAGAGAUAUGGCGCAGAGAACAGGACAGACAGACGAAUGAUCGCAUGGCCAAAGCUGUCGGGCACGAGUGCACUGGGCUAUGCUCUGGUACCACUCGUCUUUGGUCAUUCAUUCGUCAACCGGAUCAUUCCCCUGUGGUACGAGGGUGGCUCGAGCAGCAUCAAUCUUGGCUACGUCUCACACGGCUUUGCUAAACAUCCCGCCGUGUCUUUCAUUGGCUUCAGUGCCCUCAUCGCUGUUGGAGUCUGGCACUCUGUCUGGGGCUGGGCAAAGUGGCUCAAUUGGACACCAUCGCAAGUCACGCAGGGAGGCCCCGAAGGUCAAGUCCUUAGAAAGAGAAGGUGGUACGCGGUCAACGGUCUCAGUGCUGUCGUUAGUGCGCUCUGGUUGGCAGGCGGUAUGGGCAUCGUGGGUCGCGGUGGUGCCGUAGGUGGGUGGGUUGGCAGAGAAUACGAUGGGCUGUACAGCCAUAUCCCUCUGAUUGGCAACUACAUGGCUUCCUCUUAGGAACCGUCUUUUCUUUGUUUGCUGUAGUCUUCGAAUACCCAUCUCUGCGCAAUACGAUUUGUUCUUUUCCAGACCAUCGUAUUCCUUCGCGCCGGUCUUCCUUUCGAGGGUAAAAUGAUCGAGUAAAUUGUCCCCCGGACCCCUCGUUAUCGUGCACGGCUAAGCGCAGGAUAUCCACUUUUCGGCCCGUUCGCCGGCGAACGAGUCGUACGCCCUACCACAUUCACCCAUUAGAGUUCUUAUCUGAAGGAGCACCAAGAAAGUAAG